CAUAUAAUAAUAAGAAUCAAUAAAUUCAUUAUUCACUCAAUUGUGUGAUGUGCCAGUUGAAAUGAAAAAGAUUUUUUUUAUGCUCACUGUGAAGAUCUUUAAAAAGGACUCAACUUUUACAAAGUAACAUUGUGUAUAUGCUGAUUUAUAAAUUCUUAAGAAUGGUUAAAUCAAAGAAACAAGUAUAUUCAACAGUGACAAUUGGGAAUGAGAAAAUGAUAUGCGACAUUUGCAGAAGAUCAGAUGUGGAUGAAACUCAACUCGGUCAAAAAUGUUGUUAUAUGAAUUAUAAAUUACAUUAUUUCUGUUUGCUACUAACACAAAAUACAUAUCAGACUGCUAAGCCAGACACUGGUAUUUUUGGUUUUACUGCGAAAACUAUUCAAGCUGCAUAUCGAAGAAUAUCACAAAAG